GAGAAGAAAGAAACCUUUGGUAGCAGCAGAUAAAAGGCAAAGCUCUUCUUGGUUUCACUUGGUUUUUGUUGAUUUUUUAAAAUUAACUUUGGCUCCAAGCUCUCGUUGAAUCAUGGCGUUGAUCUUACCUGCUUAUCCUUUCCCCCAUACUUUCGAAGGGUAUUACGCUACCAACAACCCAUUUCAGAAACAUGGGCCAAAAGGAUUCACCGAAACCAAGAUGAUUGGGGUCAGGAAAUUGUUCGUGAGGACUGAUUUACCAGGGGUUGGACAAGAUGAGUAUACUGCUUCCAUUGACGAGUCAAAAAAAUCUGUGACUAUCAGAACCUGGCCGCCACCUCCCGGCAUAAAUAUCGCAUUCCACCCCCGCAUAUACAAAACCACUACUCAUCUCAAGUGCGAUUGCUGCGAGAUAGGGAGUUUCACCCAUCAAGUAUCCGACGGCGUUCUCAGACUAGUCAUCACCAUGACCCCCAUCAACAAUCAAGAUCAGAUCCCUGAUGUCCAAGAAGAAGGUCGCCACAGAUUUCUCCAUGACACGGACAAUUAUGCCGCGGAGUUUACGGGUCAUACACUGCUGGUACACCCAGACUUGCUGUUGCCCGAAGGAUCGCCGCCGCGUAUGGCUUAUGCGUUCAAGCAGCUCCCAGACGGCAGCGCACAUGUGAGUUUAGACAUGCCUGGCGUUUCCAAAGGUUACUUCACUGCCGAAGUCGAGGAUGGGACGAGAGUGAUUGUGACUGGUCGAGCUCCUGCCGUUAGUCACGACUCAAAUGGUCGGUUCUACUCUGCUAUCGCGGCUACGAUCUCCAAUCCUACCGGCACAAACCUCGUUUUUACGGUGGAGGGCGGCCCUGAGAACGGUGUGUUGCGCCUCAACAUCCGCGUCUAGGUUGAUUCCAUGAUGAAACCUUCGCGUUUCUUAGUUCCAUAUUCCGCAGAAGAUCUCGGGAUUAUGUCGUUUUUUUUUUUAAUGUUUUUCAUCAUCAGUACGUUUCAAAGACGCAUUUAUAACGUAUUAAUAAAUAAUUUAUGGCCCUAA